CCCCUUUACGUGACUUGCGGAAGUGACGAGCCCUGUGCUACAACAAAACAGUUCAGCCGUUAUCCACAAAUGGAUACAGGUGAGACAUUUUAUGUUGAACUUGCAUGUUGAUCGCUCAGACGACGACGAAGAAGAAAACAUCGGAGCCAAAACAGGCAUUGAUGUAGUCGGAAGCUAACGUUAGCAUGUCAGAGCCUCUAAGUGUUAAGAUCUGUAACCUUAGCAGCUAGUUAGCUCACAACAGCUACCAUUGGACGGUCAUCGAUGGCUUCAAAGUAAGCCCUGCACUGCCUUUUUACAUGAAACUUGGACGUUCUCACAGCCAUUCACUGCAUUUUGUAGUCCUGUAACCUAAUUUGUAAAUCAUGUCGAAAAUUGAGCGUCUGAACGCCCGUGUGGCGAAGCUGCUGACGGUGGCGGUGCAUGAGGUUCUGGAGGUGGUGAAAGAGACUGUGUCUGAGUAUCAGGAGAAAACAGCCAGAACUCAGAGAGAGAACUUGAGUCUGAGGAGGAGACUACAGGAACUUCAGGAAAAGAUGAAGAGAGAGAACACAGCUCAACAGUCUGCCCCUGCUCCCACAGCCAUUUCAGGUAAAACCGAGCAGGAGGAGGGAAGCGAGGGCAGCCCCUGGCCGCAGGACCCAGAGUCUACACAGUACGAGGACAAACCAUUGCUCACCCAGAAACCGUGGAGGAGACUGGAGAUCGAGUACAACAACUCACUGGAGCUAGACCACUUGGAGGAUUCCGAGACUGAGUGUAAUGUCACACUAACGUUAGCCGAGCGUAGCGGAGCGCCUCCCGAGAGGUUGUCACAGGUGACAGAGGCAGCCCUGACUGUAUACAUGCCUCAUUCUCUGUGUGACGCUGACCUAGACUCCAUGCACACAGGACAUAUGUCCUCCAACAUGUUACCCCUAAGCCAUCCCAGCUCUCCUCCUCACCCAGGUCUGUUCUCGGGUGAAAUCAAAACCGAACCUGAGCACUUGGAAUAUUCCUCUGCCCCCCAAGAGACCCCAGACCAGAACCCAUUUUUUGAGUGCGAAGACUCGAAUAGUAGCGCAACACAUAAUCACAGUGCCCCGGAACCCAUGCAGAACAACCCGGAAAUGCACGGUGUAGUGCACUACAUCAACGCAGAAGGUCUAAACACCUUUGUGGACACGUUUCCCUUCACAUGUCACCCAGAGUUGGUCCAGGACACCAGGCGACAAAAUAGGCCUCUGCUUAGGCGUGAGGAGAGCCACAGCUGCAUCCUGUGCGGGAAGACGUUCAGCCGGAUCGGGAAUCUUCGAAUCCACCAGCGCUGUCACACAGGGGAGAAACCCUACUGCUGCCUGCACUGUGGGAGACGCUUCAGUCACGCUGGGAACCUGCAGAAACACAAGAGGGUUCACACUGGGGAAAGACCGUAUGGCUGCCAACAGUGCGGCAAGACUUUCAGUCAGUCCAGUCACCUUAAGAAGCAUCAGAGAAUUCACGUUGUCAGGCAUCUUAGUGUUGAAUAAAGUUUCAGACUUUCAGAUUUAAUUGUCCUUGAAUCAAAAGUGAAGUGCAUUUGUUGAACUUUGGCCUGUUUGUAUGGAUGUUGGGGUGAUUUUGUGCUGCAACCCUGAAGCAUAGUGUGCCACUUACUACAUGGUCACAAGGUAUAACGUAGACCACAUUUUUUGAGAGUGAAAUUGGAGCUAGUUUGUGUACCAGCGUUGUCUGUCCUUCUCCAUGCUCGAACCAGGGACCCUCUGAAACACAACUGUCUCCAAAGUAUCAUUAACUAUUGCUCCACAAAAGCUGCAGACCUUGCAAAGCAUGGGAAACAACUACUUCAAGGUCUCAGAGCAGGUGAUCUCACCGAUUUGAACGCUACUGGUGCACGCCGCUAACUAGCUAGCCAAAUUUUACAUUGGCUGCACUCAACCUACUUUGACCUCUGGACAAAGCCCAACUGUGUGAUCCCGGUCAAAAGCAUUCAUGUAACAGUGUUGCUUCCGUCCCUCUCCUUACUUGAACCAGGGACCCUAUGAACACACCAACAAACUGUCACCCACAAAGCAUUGUUACCGGUCACUCCAUAAAAGCUCCGGCUUUUGCAGAGUAAGGGAAACCUCGACUUCAAAGUCUCAGAGCGGGUGACGUCUACUAGCGCGCACCGCUAACUAGCUAGCCAUUUCACAUCGGUUACACUGGGAUCAAACCAGCAACUGGCCUGUAGAGCCAACAACGUGACUGUGACUGUACUAAAUGCAUUCCCAAUAGUCAACUCAUGGAAGUGUUUGUAAGAUCAUUACAAUGUGAAGUUAUCUUAAUUGACAUAAUCAAGCAUGGAUCAAUACACGCUAUAUGGACUGACAGUGUGUAUGCAGCAUGUGUUUCGUAGAUAAGCUGUUCAAAUAAAUGUAUAAUUGGUUGA